AUGCAGCAUCGCCGACAGCGCACGUCAUUCUACGACCAUAUCGUCGUGAGGGAAUGGAAAUAUCGACUUGGUGAGGCUGGAGCUGUCUUUUGCUCGGAGGCAUGUCAAAAACAAUGGGACGGUGACUGCGGACUAAUAGGCAUUGCUGCUCACAGCGCUGUCGAAAGUGCGACUAAACAACAGCUAAGGCGGCGGGGUAACGGGCAAGCCGCUACGGUGGGAUUGUCAGACGAUAGUGAAAAUGGGACUCAGAGGCCGCCGACAACAGAAGAGGAUAUCAUCUCGGUUUGGAAAGCCGCCGGCCUUGUUGGAAAGCAGAUAGUGGCUGCAAGGACGACAACGAAACCUUCGAAAUCUGAUCGGCGAAUCCUAAGGACGGCGGAAGAAGGUUCGGCAGACCAUGACGUCCUUGCAUAUAUCCUGUCCGCCGUUCUCAGUGCAGACAAACGGUCCGCCGCCAGAGGCACGGCGGCAGAUGACGGCAAGGACGGAAAAGACGACGACGAGCAACAGCUGGCACCUCCCGCCAUCCCUGGUGCGCACAUGGUCUUAAAACUAUUCCCUGAUCUGAUGACCCUGGCGGACGACCGAAUGGUGUACGCCUCGAAUUCGUCACUGCCAGGAUACAUCAACGCAUACCACCACCUCCUCGCCAUUCUGCCAACGCCAUUGCUCAAAUUCCUCCGACCGGCGCUAUGCCACGAGAUUGCCUCGAGAGCAUCGCACAACGCCUUCUCCAUCCGGCCCGCCGGCAACUCUGAUGGUGAGCAGAGCGGCGAGUUCCUCGGCCGGGGCAUUUGGCCCGAGGCCUCGUUCUUCAAUCAUUCAUGCAGGCCAAAUGUGAAGAAAGAGCGGAUAGGUCGGGUCUGGGUGUUCACUGCUGCUGCUGCCGCUGCCAGUGGCGAGGAGAUGGGCGGAGAAAGUGUGGGAGAAGGUGAAGAACUCUGCAUCACUUAUCUUGGUGGCGAUGAGAGGGACCUCGAUGUGCGGGCGAGGAGAAAGAAGUUGAGGGAUGAAUGGGGUUUCGACUGUCGGUGUCGACGGUGUGAAGAGGAGUUAAGAGAGCUUGCCCAAUCUGGGAAGGUUUAG